AUGCAACAUCAAGUGAAUCAGAGUACUGGAGUCUUAUUUGUCUUCGUGGGAUUCUCAGAGUAUCCGAACUUACAGGUGCCUUUAUUCCUGAUCUUUUUGAUCAUAUACACCAUCACUGUUUUGGAAAAUCUAGGUAUGAUUUUUGUCAUCAGGAUCAAUGCUAAACUCCACACUCCUAUGUACUUUUUCCUCAGCCACUUAUCCUUUGUUGAUCUUUGUUACACCACUGUGAUUGCACCAAAGCUGUUAGACCUUCUAAUAACAGAGGACAGAUCUAUGUCCCUCAAAGGAUGCAUAAUUCAGUUUUACUUUGGCUGUGCUUGUGUGGUUACCCAAACCUUCAUGUUAGCAGUAAUGGCUUAUGACCGCUUUGUGGCCAUUUGUAACCCUCUGCUCUACACAGUGGCUAUGUCUCGUAGGCUCUGUGCACUCCUAGUAACUGGAACUUACCUAUGGGGUGGGCUCUGUGCCACCACACUAACAUACUUUCUUUUGGCACUAUCUUACUGUAGGUCUACCACCAUUAACCACUUUUGCUGUGAGUAUUCUGCCAUAAUUUCUGCAGCCUGUUCUGAUUCUUUUUUCAGCCAGAUAGCAUGUUUGUUAAUUUGUAUGUUCAAUGAGAUUUGUAGCCUCCUUAUCAUCAUUGUCUCCUAUGUUGUCAUAUUCAUCACUGUCAUCAAGAUUCCCACUAAAGGAGCACUACAAAAAGCUUUGUCUACCUGUGCCCCACACCUGACUGCCAUCUCUUUCUGCCACGGGAUUAUUCUUCUUCUAUACUGCGUGCUCAAGUCAAAGAGCUCACUGCUUCUUGUUAAGAUAGUCACUGUGUUUUAUAGCAUGGUCAUUCCUAUGCUUAAUCCUCUUAUUUACAGCUUAAGAAAUAAGGAUGUAAAAGAGACUGUGAGGAAGUUAAUCCACAUAAAAAUCCUUUCUCAGUCAUUAUAG